ACACCUAACCCGGCUGAAAGCUCUACCUUUGACAACAGCCCCUCAAGGACCGUAAAUUCGAAUUCGCCAAAGCCCACCAAUUCGUCAACUUCACCUGGGGUUGGUGGUGGCCCAAGCAUAGUACCUGGAGCAAGAACACUAGAUGCAGGGGGCCAUGCUGGCCUUACGGCCCGUUCAUACGCCAGGUCGAUUGGCCAGACUCGGGGUUCGAAAGGAGUGACUCCCCAGGGAAGCACAUUGGUUUGUGUCAACAACAAAAUAAGAGGGGCAAGGCCGAACCAAAUGACUAAUCAGGGAGGACAAACUCUUAGCUCGAGCCAUUUGGCUGUAACCGUCCAGUUCGGGAGGCAAAAUAAGCUUGGGAGGAGCAUCCCGAAGAGUGGGCGGCGGGUCUCAGAGUAA